AUGGAAAGCCCAAAUGGGAAUGUGUUUGAGCUUAGUGUGAAGUUAAAACAGCCAGCUUUGGUUCCUCCUGCAAAGGAGACAGAGAAGGGUCUAUACUUCCUCUCAAACCUUGACCAAAACAUUGCGGUGAUAGUCCGCACUAUAUAUUGCUUCAAGUCAGAUGAGAGAGGGAAUGAAAAGGCUGGCCAAGUCAUCAGAGAAGCCCUGGAAAGGGUUCUUGUUCACUACUAUCCCCUCGCGGGGCGGCUAACAGUUAGUACAGAGGGAAAGCUCAUUGUGGAUUGCACUGGAGAGGGUGCUGUUUUCGUUGAAGCAGAGGCUAACGGUACAAUUGAAGAGAUUGGGGACAUUACAAAACCUGACCCUGUGACUCUUGGGAAGCUGGUUUAUGAUAUCCCUGCUGCAAGCAACAUCUUGGACAUACCGCCUCUGGUGGCCCAGGUGACUAAGUUCAAAUGUGGAGGAUUUGUUGUUGGAUUGUGCAUGAACCAUUGCAUGUUCGAUGGACUUGGUGCCAUGGAAUUUGUGAGCUCAUGGGGUGAAACAGCCAGAGGCUUGCCACUCACUGUCCCUCCAUUCAUUGAAAGAAACAUACUCAAAGCUCGGAACCCACCUAAAAUAGAGUACCAGCACCAAGAAUUCUCCGAGAUUAUAGACUUUUCUAGCUCCACUGGCCUCUAUAAAGAUGAAAUGCUCUAUAGGUCCUUCCAUUUCGAUUCUGAGAAGCUUGAAAAACUCAAGAAGGCAGCCAUGGCAAAUGCAGUUCUACACAAGUGCACUACUUUUGAAGCGCUCUCCGCUUUCAUGUGGAGAGCUCGAACUCAGGCACUGAAGUUGCUGCCUGAUCAACAAACAAAACUCUUAUUCGCCGUUGAUGGACGAUCCAAAUUCAACCCUCAACUGCCAAUAGGCUACUUUGGCAAUGGAAUUGUCUUAACACACUCUCUGUGCCAAGCAGGUCAGCUACUAGAGAAUCCUUUAUCGUAUGCGGUUGGCCUAAUUCAGGAGGCAAUUAAGAUGGUUACUGACAGUUACAUGAGAUCUGCCAUAGAUUAUUUUGAAUUAACAAGAGCUAGGCCACCUCUAGCUUCUACCCUUCUAAUCACAACUUGGUCCAGACUAUCUUUCCACGUUACGGAUUUUGGAUGGGGAGAGCCUAUUCUAUCAGGACCGGUGGCUUUGCCGGAGAAGGAAGUGAUAUUGUUCUUAUCUAAUGGUAAAAACAUAAAAAGCAUAAAUGUGCUUCUGGGCUUGCCUGCUUCUGCCAUGAAAGUAUUCCAACAACUGAUGCAGAUAUAGAGAUAGAAAAAAAAAAAUUAUAAGUAACUACAUGUUGGUACUCUACAAAAAAUUAUUGGUACUGCAGUUAUUUAAACUGCGAU